AUGGCCCCAUCGAGAGGCCGCGCUAUUUCCUGUGUGCAGAGGGUUCUCUCGGGAUACGUCAUCCCCCCUCGUCGGAACUUCUUUUCGCUCUCAGCGGACAGGGUGUCGCGCAAUCCUAUCAGCCAGACACGUCUUUUCCGCCCGCCUCACUACAGGCUGAGCAGCUUCCAGCAAUGCUCAUACUCGACCUUUACAGACACCCUCGCCGACCCUGCUAAUAAGCUGCAAAGCUAUAUCUCUACCAGUAGCGACCCCUACCUCAAUCUGUCCAUCGAAGACCAUAUCCUACGCAAAAGCCCGCCAGACAGCACUAUUCUCUUCCUCUAUGUGAACCGACCCUGCGUCGUCAUCGGGCGCAACCAGAACCCAUGGUCCGAGGUCAAUCUAGGCAUCCUAGAUGCUGCUCGCAUUGGCACCGUCGAUCUUGUGCGCCGCCGUUCGGGAGGAGGCACUGUUUUCCACGAUGAGGGAAAUCUCAAUUGGAGCAUAACGUGCCCACGCGCCGACUUCACGCGCGAUAAGCAUGCCGAGAUGGUCGUCCGCGCACUACGAAAGCUGGGUGUUCAACGCGCCAGGGUCAAUGAGCGUCACGACAUCGUUCUCGAUCAAGGCCAAGGCAAUGACGGGCAGCCUUUUGACCCCGAAGAUACCCAUCGCACGCCUUUUACCAUACAGAAUGCGGCUCUCCCUCGUCCCCUCAAGGUCUCUGGCUCGGCGUACAAACUCACACGACAGCGCGCCCUGCAUCACGCGACCACCCUGCUGAGCUCCCCGAAUCUACACAUCAUACCACACUACCUCCGCUCUCCAGCUAAGAGUGUCAUUCUCACUCGAGGUGUUGAAAGCGUGAGCUCGCCUGUUGCAAACAUUGGUUUAGACGUCAAGACAUUUCAGCUCCGCCUUCAAGAAGAGUUCUCUCUCAUGUAUGCCGGACUGGGGUUACCGAGCAUACUACAGACCGUUGGGGACGAAUUUCUAGAUAUCCCAGAUAUCCGCAAGGGUUACGAUGAGCUCCAAUCCGAAGAGUGGAUGUGGUCACAGACUCCAGCGUUUAGUCUCAUGCUUGACCCUAAAGACGACAUUGGCGUUGAAAUCCAGGUGCAUCACGGCGCGAUCAAGAGCCUAGACUUUUCAAACUCCAACCUCUCCCAUGAAAAUCGGUCAGCCCUUGACGCUGCGCUCGUUGGCUUGGAAUUGCACAAGAUUCAAGACUGGACAGCAUUCCUGCAAAAGCGUAUUCAUUCAUGGGAUAAUGAGUUGACGACAACAGCCAGGCGACUGGACCAGCUUCUGCCAAUUCCUCGAAUGUUCAAGUAA